CUGGUGGGGCCGGAGUGGACAUAGCUCGGGUUCUGGUUGUGCCGAGUUGUGAAAGAGUUCGGAAAUCUCUGGAGUCUGGGACCCAGCAGACAGGAACCUCAUCGCACCCCACAAAGCCUCAGCAUGGGGGCGUCUUACGGAAAGAAACGGAAGGCGUACAACAUUGAGCAGCAGAGUGUGAAAAACGCAAAACACCUGAAUGGAGCGGCCUCAGCAUAUGCCGAUAUCCAAUGGGAACAGCCUCACCAACCGAGAACCCCGGACAGAGACCCGUUCAGUUUCCCUCAUCAUGGACCGAUCCCUCCACUGGCCAGUUAUGCACCUCAGCCCGAUUACAUGACAGGGGAUGAUGAUGAUGAUCUCAUCAGGCCUAAAAAGCUGGUUAAUCCAGUGAAAGCCUCUAAAAGCCAUCAGGAGCUCCAUCGAGAGUUGCUUAUGAACCAUAAACGAGGUGUCGGUGCGGAGAAUAAGUCUGAACUGCAGCGCGUGUUGGAGCAACGCAAGAGAGAUCAGAUGAUACGACAGAAAAAGGAGGAGGAGGAGGCCAGGAGGAAAAUCUCUCCGUUGGAACAAGAGCUCCUUAAGAGACACCAGAAACUGGAGGAGUUGGAGAAAGAGCAAGCAAAGCUGGAGAACAGCGACGGCAGCGCUCCGGAGUUCAUCAAAGUAAAGGAGAAGUUGAGGAGAACGUCAUUCACGAGUCCUGGAGAGAAGGAGGUGUAGAGAUGCAAACACAGACGGGAUUUGUAUAUGUAUUUGUGCACAUAAAGACCCGCUGCAGUUCCCACACGGCUGUGCCCAUGUCUCACAUCAACAACACCCCGUAGCAGACUCAAAGGGGGCGGAGAUGCGACCCAGGAGCAUCUGUUACACCCCUGUUAUACAGUACAAGGACGUUUGUGCUCAAAGGGGUUUGUGAUAUACUACUAAGAGGAAAACAGUGUUUGAACGGAUCAGGUGUUUGUGGAUAAAUGGACAGCUAUUGUAAAAGGUACAGGAGAAUUACAGUAGACAUCUAGGAAGCGUAACAUUUACAAGGCAGAAAUUAGACAAACGCAUCAGUAUUACCAGACACAUGUUUGCAUAUCAAACUGCCAAAUAUUUGUUCAUAGCCCAAUCUGAACAUCUGUAAUUGUUAACAAUCAGCACAUGUCACUUUUAAAUAAAAUUAUAGCAACUAAGAUUACUUUCAUUCAUUUUGAUUUGUAGUAGGCUAUAACACCAUAAUACGUUGCAAUUGCAAAUGUAUUUACAAAUCAGAAAUGUCAAGGAUGGAUGUUACGGAUGUUGAGUUCGGGGAUGGUCACAAUUGAAUUUGACAGCACAGAGAUUUACUGUAGUUUUGUUUGGAAAUAUUUCUUCUUAUUUCAGUGCCUUUUUUAAAGUCCCAGUCUUACUGUUACUGGGAUUUAAUCAACAUACUGUAAAUUUAUCACCUUUUCUUUACGUAAUAUUCCUUAACUCUAAAAAGGGUACCUUGACUGUAAAGACUUGUAUGCUUUAAUACUUCUACUACUAAAAUCCAUUAUUAGAAACACAUUAAAGGGGCCAUGGCAUGAAAAUCUGACUUUUUCCAUGUUUAAUUGCUAUGAUUGGGUCCCCAGUGCUUCUAGCAACCUUGAAAAUGUAAAAAAGAUCAACCCAGUAACUUAGUUUUGGUAAACCAUUCUCUACAAGCACGGGAAAAAAUAGGUUGUUGAAAUUUGGCGCUCCUUAUGAUGUCAUAAGGAGCUCUUAUUAUAAUAAUACCACCCCUUAAUCUGCACUAUCCAACCACAGCACUGCCAUUUAGUGCAGAGAAAAGCACAAUUAAGUUUUAAUUGCAACAAACCACCAUCAUUGUGAUCAGUGUUUGAAUUUUAUCAGCUCAUUUGCAUUUUAAAGGACACACCCAAAACGGCACAUUUUUGCACACACCUACAAAGUGGAAAUUUAACAUGCUAUAAUAAAUUAUUUAUAUGGUAUUUUUAGCUAAAACUUCACAUAUGUGCUAUGGGGACACCAAAGAUUUAUUUGAAAUCGUAAAAAAGUCUUGUGCCAUGGCCCCUUUAAAGGAGCUGUAUGUAGGUUUUUGACUGUAUUAAUUAAAAAAAUACUAUUCGUAGAUAUAAAGUGCCACAGGCAAGACAUAUUUUUGUAGGCCAACACGGAAGAUAACGGGUUUCCUCGCAAAAAAGCCAUUCAUUUUCGCCAUAGACUUUUGGAUUAUUGCAAAAAAAAUAAGAUUUGUGGUUAACAAAAGUUAAAUUAUAUUGAGAACAAACGUGCUCAACUCCCUAGUAGUUUAUGGGUGUGAGAAAUAAAAUAAAAAUGAAAAACCGCACUCUUAAAAUAUAAUUUCAACGAUUUAUUUAUCACCAUAAAAUAAAUACUGCAUUUUUUAUUUUUAUUUUAAAACUUUUAUAACAAUAGUUAAAGACACAAGUUUUGUCAAUAAGUAAAUAUUUACAUACAUAUGCAAAUUGUAUGCAUUUUGAAGAGUAAAUGCAUUUACUAGAAAUAUGAAAAGUGACAUUUUGAUUUCAUAAAAGUGAGUGUCAUAAACCAGUGUUCCCCAACCUUUUUUCUGUCACGGCACAGUUUUAAUAAGUAAAAAAAAUCAUACGGCACACCACUAUACCAAAAAGCAUUAAAAGAAAUGCACAAACCUCUAUUGCAAUGCUUAAAUGACUUGUUUAACUGGAAUAUUUUACUAUAUUAAAUGUAGAACUCACAUUCAAUGCAAGUAAACUUGUUUUGAUGAACACAAAGAUUAUAUCCUGGCUGGAAUUGAUGACAUUGACAUACGGAGUUGUGAUUUUUAAUUUUUCGACAGCACACCAAACAAGGUGUCACGGCACACUAGUGUGCCACGGCACAGUGGUUGGGAAACACUGCCAUAAACUUCCGGGUUAGCCUACAAAAAAGUCAUCCCUGCGGCACUCUGUUUAGGAAACUUUUACGUAUUCGUUUCUCUAAAAAAGCAAUGCUGUGGCCAGUUAUUCUCGCUUUAGCCUUUAUAGACCCCUUCAAGGUUUGUAAACAUUGAAUGACUAUCGGGUGCGUGCGCAGCAUGGGGUCAAACUGUUCAUACCAUUUAGGCUUUAUAAUUUAAUCUAACAGGGCUGAAAAAUGAUGACUUACCUCAAAUGAAGUGAGCACUACAAACACAAGCCUCUUUGAUAUUUGCAUUGUUCCAGCCUGCACGUUAAUUGCUGCCGCAGAUGUUGUAGUUUUUUGUUUUUGAGAUUCUGCAUGAAUCGCGAAAACUUAAUGGAAGACCUCGUGCGAUUUUCACGGCCCACGACGUAAGUAGGCAUUUUUGACGAUACCGAAUAAUACGCAACUCAAUCUGCUGUAAUGGCUUUUCUGACCCCGACAUGCGCAGUGGGAACCGCCUGUGACGUGAACCGUGAAGGGGUCUAUAGAACAGGUUUUGAUUACAAUCUUGUGAAAUUAUGUAUUGUGAUGUAAACAAUAUGGCGGCCUUCGGGUGAAAAGAUUUUUUCAAAGUUUAUUAAAACUAUAACAUUUGUACAGUUUUUUUAUUUCACAUUUAUAUAGCCAAUCCCAGUGUUAAUCUAUUACACCAUACAUGUGUUUAUAGUCGGGUACCCUUUAACUCAUUUAUUGUACUGUAUAUGAAUCUGUGUGUCAUAAAGCAAAAGAAAAUGAGUGUCUUUCAAAAGACUAAAAGACUGUUUUGAUUGAUGACUACUUUGACUGGCCGCAAGUAAUGCAAAUAGAGCUCUGACAGUGAAUAUAUGUAUAAAGUGCAUCCAUUUGACAAUGAUUUAUUUUCUUAUUUGUCUUUUUCUAACACACAGAAUUUUGUUCAUUGUUUUCAAACUGUUUUACAACUUUUGGGUAUUAAAUUGAGAUAAUAUUUAACUGUUACCUUUACUAAAGCCACUGGAUAACACAGCAAACAACCUGUUACUGGUUUCUGCCCUAACUACGGUAAUUUAAUGUUAAUUUAAAAAUGUAUGUUGUUAAUGACCAUCUGACCCAAUGACCCAAGUGUGAGCUACUUUUGUCAGUAGUUGUAGCCAUAAAUGUACAGCAUAAAGAGGAAAAUAUAUGCUUAAUAUAAAUAAAUACUGUACAUUAAUAGUA